AUGCUGAUCAAGGAGAGCCAUGCCGAUGUGCAUACGAAGGUGGAUGGAAAGGAGACUUCCAUGAGAAUCUUCGUCUUCCACCCCACCAUCCCGCAAUAUCCGAAAGCCCGAUUUCCCGGAGUAGUCUUGUACAGCGAGAUCUACCAAGUGACGGGCCCCGUGGCUCGGUUCGCGCGCCAGAUCGCAGGACAAGGCUACAUCGUAGCGGCGCCCUCGUCAUACCACGACUUCACCGGCCCAGAUGCGCUGGCCUACGACGUCCCGGGUACGGACAAGGGAAACGCAUGGAAGGUAGAGAAGACCCUCCAAUCAUACGAUGAGGACUCCUACAAGAGCGUCGAUUACCUGCUCAGCCUGCCGACGUGCACGGGGCUGAUAGGCACAACCGGCAUGUGUCUAGGCGGCCAUCUCGCUCUACGGGCUAGCCUCGACCCCCGGAUCAGCGCCUGCGUGGCCUAUUUCGCAACCGACGUGCACAGCCGCACGCUGGGCCCCAACAGCGGCGCCAACACGUCGGCCACGGCGCCCGAGGGCAGCAACCACACGCUCGACAAGCUGCACCAGAUCAAGGGCGAGACGGCCAUGAUCUUCGGCAUCAAGGACACGCACGUGCCCGACGCCGGCCGCGACCUAAUCCGCCAGAAGCUGCGCGACGCCGGCGUCGUCUUCAGCUUCUACGAGUUCGCCUGGGCCCAGCAUGCCUUCAUCCGCGACGAGUUAAGCAAGGGUCGCUACGACCCCGCCGUCACCAAGAUCUGCUUCGAGGUCCUGCUGGAGAUGUUUGGACGCGUGCUGAAGACGGAUUUGGGACCGCGAGAGGGAGCACCUGAGAAGCUUGAGCAUGUCUGCUAG